AUGUCGUCUCAGCCACCUUUGGACGAGCGUCAGAUCCGCAAACAGCAAAUCCGACCUCGCUUUCUCGAUCUGGCCGAGUUCGAUGAUGACUUUCCUGAAGAUGGCUCGUUCCAGUCCAGCAGUCGCAGAGCUGCGCCUGGUGGCUCCUUCACCGACUGGCCACCAGCUGCGACAGUAGUCAGAAAGAAGCCCCCUGCAAUCAUAUCUUCUAGCAAAGUUGAAGAGCCCUCGACCGAGUCUCAAGGCGGUGCGAGUCGCAAAGCCACUGUCCAACAUGCUGAGAAUUCUCAGCCUUCCCCACCCAAGCCCGUCCUGACCGAUCCGAAGCCACGACAAGCAGCUCCCCAGCCGCAGAUCCAGCCGCAACCCAAAAAUGUGCGCUUCACAUCAGAUACAGUGACAAAGGACGAGGCAGCUUCCACAGAACAGGCACCACCAAAAGCGACGCUUGACUUUGCAGGCUCCAUCAUCGGUACAAUUCAGGAACGCCCAGUUGGGGAGAGGCGGACAAGACCGAGUGGCUCGAGCAAACCUAAACCUUCAGGAUCGCGCUUCGUGGUAAGAAGGAGGAUGGAUGAAGACCUUCAGAAGCACGAAGAGCAGAGGGAGCAAAAACUUCAAGCAGAAGCAACACAAACAACACAAGUAACCCCAAACGGACAAGAGCCUGGCACCGGCUUCCCUGUGGUAUCGCAUCGUAGUCAGAUCGCACUGAUCCUCCCUCCGACAUCGUCCAAGGCUCGCACAAUCCAGUACAGCGAAGAUAUCGACACUGUUGAAGCACCCCAACGAGAUGCGAUUGCUACACAAACCGCUCUGUCUAGUUCCUCCAGCACAGCACAGUCCGGCACAGCAGCUUCAGCAGACGACGAGGAGUGGCUGACCGAAGAUGGAAAGUCCAUGUCAGCCUUCAGGAGGUCGAGACUGGUGCGUCAAGGAUUACGACCACCAUCCGUGCGAACCAAGAAUACGCAAAGAAGCAACAGUAAUGCGGGCGACCACGACGUGCCAAGUUUCAAGCCCGACCCGACGCGAGAUCCCGGCGGAGGUGCAGAUAUUGACGCCAUCACUGCUGUUCUGUCAAAGGUAUCGAGAGAAAAUGACCAGAAGCUUCGGCAGAUGAGCGUUGCUGAGGUCUCUGAAGAGAUUCGCAGUCUGGAGAGUCUGUUCGGGAAAGACGUUCUCGAUGCCCUGCGUAACCGUAAGGGUGCUGGCAACUCUAAGCAGACCGACCAAGCUGCCCGCGAUACAGCGUCUACAUCAGCGCCCACAAAGACUCAUGCCGAACCUAACAUUGGCUCAUCCCAGUGGGAUGGCCAGGAGGAUGGCCCACUUGCCAUCAAGCGUCAAUUCUUCCCUGCCGAGCCAGAGGGUCCGAACCCGACGCUCGAAUGGAUGAUGCCACAACAAUCUUCUCGUCAGAAAGCUAGCACAGAGUUGCGCUUCGACUUCUCCGGCGAGAUUAUUCAGGGCGGAUCUCAGACAGACAAGACGUACCUAUCGGGCUUGCAUCACCACGGCGACGAUCAGGAAGCGCCUGGGUACACGUUCUCCGAGCUUAUUCACUUAUCUCGAAGCACCGUGGCAGCCCAGCGCCAACUGGCGCUCAACGUGUUGGGUCGAAUCUGUGAGCAGUAUCCGUCAUUCGAGCAGGUCGACGGGAAGCGGCCUUCCCCGGCCGUGCAAGCGCUCAACAAGGAUGCUCUGCUUUCGAGAGCUAGGGCCAUUUCCAUCUCUCGAUGGCUUCUUGGCGACCGUCACUUCACCGUUCGUUCAGCAGCUCUGCGUUGUCUGGCCAGUGCUGUCAGAUCGCUGCCAUCGGGUACUGCGCUGCCUCUCGGUGCCACGCAAGAACUCAACUUCAAUCAUCUCUUCAAAGCAGCGACUAGCGAUGUCGGAAGCAAAGAUGAAAGCAAUGACGCAAGCGAAGUUGAGCCCAGCGUUCAAAAGGACUGGGCCACUGUCAUGCUCGAUUCAAAUAUCCUCAGUCUUUUUCUGGACAGGACGGACAGUGUCAUCACCUCGACAUGGGAAGCCAAGCUGGCUCUCGAGUUACUGAUGCGCAUCGCAUCGUGCUCGGUAUCUCAUGCACAGCAACUAUUCGAAACCGAUACAAGGCGACUGUGCGACUUUGUUGUACACCUCGGGCUCAAGGUCGCAUGGCCACCGAUUCCUUCGGACGACACACCGCCUAGCACUGCAGCUAGCCGAUCGAACUCGUUGCCUUCGCUGAUGGCUGUACGCCUCUUGCAUCAAGGUGUCCUCAGUGACCGCGAGAUCGCAGAAUCUAUCGUGCUGAGUGGCAGCAUCGAGCAUCUCUUGCGCUUUGUCGUGACACCGCCCUGGAAGGUCGAGGAAGACUGGACGUCGAAUGACAAAGAAGGCGAUGUGAUUGUAUUGACGGCCUACCAAGUGUUCGAUGAAGUACUCCAACUCUUCACCUCCUUGGCGUCAUACGGCUAUUUUGCAUCGGUAGUCGCACGAACAUGGAACCUCUGGCAGGAAUGUGGGACUUGGGCGGCAACGCAGCUCGUUGGUGUUCAAUCUUCUGAGGUCGUGUCUGCGACACGGACGUGGAUUCAAGAGUCGAGAGGCACAGCAGCACAAAGGAUUUUCGAGAUCCUCGCCGCUUGGACACACUGCGCUAUGGACCCACACGAGCUCAUGACGGCACACGAUAUCACAUGGACCCAGGUGCGAGAUUGGAUCGGAUUGGUCAAGGACGCUUCUGAACAAGUAGGCAAAACGACUUCAAACUUGCCAGUAUCCAUUACUGCACCUGCGUUUGGCGCUCUUUGCUGGUACAUAGAUGCUUGGCUGCGCUGCGCAAUUGGAAAGGAGCCAAAGUUGCUACAAAAGUACAUCGAGGCGUGCAAAUCAGUCAUGUCGCACUGUCAGGGUCCGGUACAGCAGCACUUCCUACAGGUGCUUCGCCUUUUCUCGACGGCUCUUUCACAGGACAUUGCACUGGACGAAGCUGAGCAAGCUUGUCGUGCCUGUCACAGAUAUCUUGACCUCGUAAAGAUGAUCAAGCAUGCCGAGCAAGUUUCUCAGGGACGGCAGCAGGUCAAAUCGGGCAGAGGUGAUGUCAUGCUGCAACAGGGAAUGGCGCUCGUCGCAUGUGGACCAUUGUGGCAAGCCCUUAAAAGUGUUGAAUCACAGGCUUCGGGACGCAGCGCAUACAUAGAAACUUUUUCGAAUUUUGUUGCAGCGGUUGUCGCUGUCGGCUCUAAAGCGGAGUCAGAACGCUCCGUAGAGCUGGCAGCGAUCACACGCCUCGACGCUCGCCACGCCGAUCGAGUUGCCAACAUCGUCUUGAGGGUCAGCGAAAGCCUCGCAGGGAAAUCCACCGUCCACGCGUUGCGACCGUUCCUGCUCGAGUGUAUGCUUGGCAGCAACCGCGUACCGCCAGCGAGCCAGUCGAGCGCAGUGGAACACCGGGACAGCACUCCACUGUCGCGGGUCAAGUCCCUGUUCAGAUCGGCGAGUCCAGUCAGCACGAAUGAAGCUGCCAAGAAGAGUAUUGACAAGGAAAAGGGCGAAGAGGACGAGGCGGAGGAGGACGAUGAGGACAUCGACCCGAUCACCGGAAGCAAGUUGUGGAAAUGCCCUGCAAGUGGCUUGCCGAUUCGCGCAGACUGGCCCUUGCUGCCUCUCGACGAUCUCCUGCAUAGUGGCAACACAGCCGUUUUCAAUCGACCUGACAAUCUUGAAGAAGAUUGGAAGCCAAGUGAGCUGGAGAUGGUGCGAGCAUCUCUCCGGCUCGCGGUUGUCGUCUUCAGAUCCCUUCUUCAAGAACACGCCUCUGAGACGACACACAGCGCAGAAAAGAACGUUUUGGAGGUGAAGUCAAGCGCCACCAUGUGUAGUCUACCCAGUGCCGAGCAGGUCCUGCUCGGCGUGAUGAAAGUCUUCAUGCUUGAAAAGGAUCAGCCGGACACUUUCACGGACAAGACCACAGCUGGCGCCUUGCAGCAGAAACAGACUGGUGUGUUGACGGGUCGCGAUCUGUUCCGCGACCCCACCAUCUCCUCUGACCUCGCAUCCUUGCUUGACAUUGCCGAUGAGCUGGUCGAGCUUCGUCAGGGCUACAGCAGCCAAUCCUCAAUCAGCGCAAUAACACUCGGCACCUGGACAGCUGCAACAUAUGGCGGCGGCAUGUCGUUUUACCAGUUCUUUACCGACCUUGUCGGGCUGUGGGACUCGGUCUCGUUCGGCGAUGCCAACUUCGCACGCGUUGUCAUGACAGUCGCCAACGCUGGAUGUGGCGGUGGAUUGUUUGAAGGCGAGCACGGUAUUGCUGUAGAUUUCCGCCGUCUCGUAUGGAAUGACUACAGCGAUAGUUUGCGCAGUAUUCCACCAACAAAGGCGCCAAAGUGGCUGCUCAGCUGGUCGGACACAUGUGUGGACAUGCUGGAGCACUACUGUCGCUACAUUGUGAGUGCUGCAGAAAUGCCCAAGGCGAGAGAAUCAAUCGCAUGGCAGAUCGCAUCACAUCAUGUUUCGGCCGCGGCUAGAUCGCUCAGCACAGACAAGGCAGCAGCGGAUAAGCAGAAGAAGGAAGCUCCGACGAAACGUGUCGAAUCGAUUCUGAGGUCGCUGGUCACAGCCAAAGACGAAGGCUUGCUGCGUGAAGUGCUCGCUGCAUUGGCCUCAAUGACCAAUGACUCUCAAGCGGAGGAUCUCGACCUCGUCUUCACACGUCUGAACCUUCUACAGGCACAGCAGUGA